GCACCUAGAGAUACAACCAGUAAUCGCUACCAUCCAUAUUAAACCGUCAGACAGUUGAUGAUUGAGUAUCAAAGCGGUAUAUUACAAUUCUUUCAGUCUACAACCCUGCGAGAUGACUACGACUUCGACCAAGACCAAGUCUCCCGAGACCUAUAAGCUGGAACUGGCGUCGGCCUACGGCUCAGUGUAUCGGGAUGUACUAAAAACACCCCCUCGAGAUUGCAAUAGCUCUGAGGUCCCCAUAAUUGACUUGUCUGGAAUACAAGGCAAUGAGCAAGAGAGGCGGGCGCUGGCAAAUGUCGUUCGCGACGCUUCGCAAAACACAGGAUUCUUCUACAUCAAGAACCACGGCAUCGCCCGCGAGAAGAUCGAAGCAGCUUUCAAGCAGGGCCACAAAUUCUUCGCCCAGCCCGUCGAGCAGAAAGACGUCAUAGCACAGAGGCAUUCCAAGUUUUACAAUGGUUGGAGUCGCAGGGGCCAUAUUUCCCCAACCGAGUCCAUGGACCUCAAGGAAGGCUUCAGCUUUAGGUACGACCCCAAGUACGACCCGCAGGAGAAAAACUUGGACGCCAUCCCACCGGAAGUCCAAGAGUGGCUCCGCGGCGAAGACUUUGCAUGCUUGUCUCUUGCCAGAAACAUGAUCAAGAUCUUUGCCCUAGCUCUCGACGUGCCCGAAGACUACUUUGACAAUCUGGUCACUUACCCUGGAAGCGACGGCGUGAUCAACUUCUACCCCAGAAACACAGCCGCAGAGGACGCCGUCCUGGACGUCGGCCUGGGCGCACACACGGAUCUGCAGUGCUUCACCUUUCUCUGGCAAGACCACAUCGGAGGGCUUCAAGUCCUCACGAAUGAAGGGCAGUGGAUCAAGGUGCCUCCCAUUCCCGACACGUUUGUGGUCAAUAUCGGAGACUUCUUGAUGCGGCUCUCGAAUGACCGAUUCCAGUCGACCGUUCAUCGCGUCUUCAACCACGCACCCGAGGACCGCAUCUCCAUGCCGUUUUUCUUUGGGUUCAAUUUCAACGAGACGUGCUCCGUAUUGCCGAGCUGUACGGACGAGAAGAACCCGCCGAAAUACGAGCCGAUCAGCUGUGGGAAUUGGUGUGCACAGAGAUUCGCAAAGACCUUCACCAAAGAUUAGCUUCGCUUGCUUUUCGUCUUUAUUCCAGGGCCUUGAGGAGGCGAAAACCUGGCCUCACUUCCAUAGGUGAUGCGUGCGCCUACAGUGGCAUCAAUGAAGACCUAUCAAGACAGCCCCUUGGGCAAUGUCUGGGUUGGGUACGAAACUCCAUUUGUUGCAGCACUUCUGCACUGCUACAAUAUUUUUUAUAUGUUGAAGUUCCGAUUCGGUGCUUGCCCUGCCAAAUGAACCCUUCUUGACUAGGGAUUAUCACAGUUCAUGCUGUGUCUGGGCAUUUUGCCUGAUAAACUCGCGGAAGUAGUUGCCACAAUGUGAAUAGAUAGUGUC